GAUUGGAAGAAAGUUAAUAAGCUCAUUGCAGAUCAAAGUACAGAAUUCGCUGCAUUCUUCGCCUCCAGGAGCUCUAAUCUGCAUUCACUAACAAUGGUGUGGAAAAUCAUCAGGCCACUGCAAGCGUGCAAGCUUCUCUUAGUGGUUUUAUCUCUGCCGCAGGGGAGGACAAGUUCGGUUUUAACUGUGAAUGGUAAAACUGAGGACUAUAUCCUGGACACAAGCCCUGGUGUCCAAGCAUCUCUGGAAUGUGCUGUUCAAAACCACAGUAGAGAUGAAGAACUUCUCUGGUACAGGGAAAACGAAGCAGUAGAUUUGAAAAGUGGAAACAAAAUCAACACCAGUUCAGUAUGCGUGUCUUCCAUCAAGGAAGAUGAAGACGGAGUCCGCUUCACCUGCAAGCUGCAGAGGGAUCAGACUGUGUCUGUUUCAGUGGUGCUGAAUGUGACUUUUCCCCCUCUCCUAAGCGGAAACAGCUUCCACACUGUGGAGGAAGACAGCAAUGUAAGGCUGGUUUGCAACGUGAAAUCCAACCCUCAAGCGCAAAUGGUGUGGCAUAAAAACGACGACACCUUGUUUUUAGAGAAGGGCCGUCACCAAAUCCAACAGACGAGGGAGUCUUUACAGCUGUCAAUCGCCAAGGUCAAGAAGUCUGACAAUGGAACCUACAACUGCAUUGCUAGCUCAUCUUUGAAGACCGAGACCAUGGACUUCCACCUGGUGGUCACAGACAAAUCUCCUGUCGUGCCCAUCGAGCCAAUCAUUGCUGCUUCUGUCGUGGUUGUCUUGACACUGGCUUUUGGAGUGCUUGCUAGGAGGAAAAGGAUAAUGAAGCUCUGUGUGAAAGAGAAUGCCCGGAGCACAGAAACAGCUCUGUAA